AUGUCCGCUUCAACCUUCGGUUUCCACCAUGUUCGUGCCGCUAUUGUCUUCUCUGAUCUUGAACCAUUCACAUCCUCUUCUUCGAUUUUAAACAAAAACGACACUACCUUCACUCACUUCUCCGCCUCUCCGAGCCACACGCCAUCGUACAUCGUCCGUUCACGGCUUCUCCAUUCUUCGUCAUUGUUGAACUCAGCCUUCACUUUGAUUCAACUCCUCAUCAAUCUCCAUUUAACAUCAGCUACUGCGAGAGGUCCGAUACUCUUUCAACGGUGUCGUCGUUGCAAGAAAUCCAGAGAAUCCUUAUUUUCCAGGUACAAAGCUUAUGCUUUUUCUCUUGUUUACACUUCUGCUUCCGAUUUUCUUCUUCAAUUGUGUUAUGAAUUUGUGUUGUGUGUUGAUUCUGUUACGAAUUGA